GUGGCUGACCUGCAAGCCCCUGCCCCCGGGCGCUCUGGGAAGAAUCACCGGCACCGUCGCGGACCGGGUGCGGGUCCCUUGGUUCACAGGGGCCGUCAAGAUCAACAUCAGCCUCGUGCCGCCUCUCGUCCUGCUGCCCGUCUUCCUCCACGUUGCUGCUCUGCACUUCCUGCUGGGCCUCAUCAUCUUGACAUCGCUACCCGUGGUGGUGCUGUGGUAUUACUACCUCACCCACAGGAGGAAGGAACGGACUCUCUUCUUCUUGAGCCUGGGCCUCUUCUCCUUGGGCUACAUGUACUAUGUCUUUCUGCAGGAGGUGGUCCCCCGAGGCCACGUGGGGUAUUCCCAGGUUGUCGCUCUCACAUGCGGGUUAAUUCUUAUGCUUGCAGCCCUAUCUCGAGCCAAGAAAGACCCUGGCUACCUUCCCAUCCCAGCAGGCAACGAGAAGUUAUCACACCAAGCUUUGCCCAACAAAGGUGUUCGAGGGAGCUGCAAUGGGCUACAUGGCGUCACCAUGUCAGGAGGUGCCAGCGGCCGUGCUGUGAAUGGGGAGGCCAAAGGCUAUUCCAGGGUGUCGGCUGAGGAGCCGGAAGGUGUGAAGAAGGACUGGUGCACUAAAUGCCAGCUGGUCAGACCAGCCCGAGCAGGGCACUGCCGGCUUUGUGGCAGGUGUGUAAGGAGACUGGACCAUCACUGUGUCUGGAUUAACAGCUGUGUAGGGGAGCAGAACCACCAAGCAUUCAUCCUUGCACUCUCCUUCUUCAUGCUCACAUCUGUGUAUGGGAUUACGUUGACCCUGCACACCGUCUGUAGGGGCCGAACUCCAUUUGUGGCAUUGUUCUACUGCCCCGGGGCCUAUUCUGACUACAGCUCUGCUCUGUCGUUCACCUGUGUGUGGUACUGUGCCAUUGUAACAGCUGGCAUGGGAUACAUCCUCCUUAUCCAGCUGUUGAACAUCAGCUACAACGUGACCGAGAGGGAAGCUCGGCUGGCUCUGCGGGACAACACUGGGCGCAGGCUCCUGGGUGGGUUAGUGAUAGACACUGGCCAAUAUAACAAGGGUUUCCUAUGCAACUGGGGCCAUUUCUUGAGCCUGGGGUCUUCUCCUCCACAGCGCUCUGCUGAAGACAUCGUGUGACACCCCUCUUUCUGCAGAUGACAUUGACUGAUUUUUCUUUAGUAGGGGAACAGCCCCUUCCACUAGGACUCUCCCCUCCAAAACCCUUCCUUUGAGGUUGGCAUAUGGGCUGCCUAUCCCAUCACUGACAACAUCAGAGGCUUUCCCGGGCAGAAUGGUUCUCUGUGUGCUGUCAGUUAGCAAUAGGAUGCAGAAAGCAGUAAGCCAUAUGCACAAACCUGGAGAGAAGGAGCCUGCUGCUUUUUUGCACUGUGGGAAACUUUGUGCAGCUCAGC